GCAGCGGGAACCGCAGCGGCUCCAGCCGCCGGGCUCUGCCCCGCUCCCGGCCCGCGCGCCAGCCCGCUCCGCCCGCCGCACCGCCCCCGGCCGCGCUCAGCCCGCAGCGAUUUGACUUCCCUCUGCCGGCCUCUCCAGUCCUCUAGAUACGACCGCUCGCUGCCUCUGCUCUCCUCUCCUCUCCUUGGGUGUUUGCAAUACCACGUUUGCUCUACUCCUCUCUCCUUUAUCCAUAGUCACCCUGCUUGCAUUUUUUUUUCAUUCCUUUUAUUUUAUUUUAUUUUAAGGGAAAGCAUCAUCUUGACAUUAUGUGACUCAUCUUCUUUAAUCUCGUCCGUGUCAGCACUGAAGACUGACAGGGAACCUUCACCACUACUCCAACCGUGCUGGCACUUUAAAAAAACAUCAGAAUUCUGAAAAAUAAAGAACAAGAAAAAAAUAAAAUAAAACAAAACAAAAGUCUUAAGAGGCAAAAGAGCGGGACUCGGGACCCUCCGCAGAUCCUUAACUGAGCCCACCCAGGACUGUCUGCAUUAGCCAUCAGAACUCCUAAUUCAUCUCCUCCAACUGAACGGGAGGGCGACAAGAGCCAGCAGCAAACUUCGGCGGUCUCUGCGGAUCUAUGAUUCCCGCAUUUGAAGGGGUCGAGUGCCAGCAGGCGUAGGACCCCACCAAGAGGAGGAGUCCCGCGUCUCUCUCGCUUCUCCCACUAAGCCUGAACCCUAGCCUGAACCACGCGGGACACAGGAGGCAGAAGAGGGUAGUAGAAAAUGCGGGGCUCCGGGCCCCGCGGUGCGGGACGCCGACGGACCCAGGGCAGAGGUGGCGGCGGCGACACCUCCCGCGUCCCUGUCUCCCUGGCAGGCUGCUAUUCCGCACCUCUCAAGGGCCCCCUCUGGACGUGCCUUCUCUUGUGUGCGGCGCUCCGGACCCUCCUGGCCAGCCCCAGCAACGAAGUGAAUUUAUUGGAUUCACGCACUGUCAUGGGGGACCUCGGAUGGAUUGCUUUUCCAAAAAAUGGGUGGGAAGAGAUUGGUGAAGUGGAUGAAAACUAUGCCCCUAUCCACACAUACCAAGUAUGCAAAGUCAUGGAACAGAAUCAGAAUAAUUGGCUGUUGACAAGUUGGAUCUCCAAUGAAGGUGCUUCCAGAAUCUUUAUUGAACUCAAGUUUACUCUAAGGGAUUGCAACAGCCUUCCCGGAGGACUGGGAACUUGUAAGGAGACAUUCAACAUGUAUUAUUUUGAAUCGAAUGACGAGAAUGGGAGAAAUAUUAAAGAGAACCAGUACAUCAAGAUUGAUACCAUUGCUGCUGAUGAGAGCUUCACAGAACUUGAUCUCGGUGACCGUGUCAUGAAACUGAACACGGAGGUCAGGGAUGUGGGACCUCUGAGCAAAAAGGGAUUUUAUCUUGCUUUCCAAGAUGUUGGUGCUUGCAUAGCUCUGGUGUCCGUGCGGGUAUACUAUAAAAAAUGUCCUUCUGUGGUAAGACACUUGGCUAUCUUCCCUGACACAAUCACUGGAGCGGAUUCUUCACAGUUGUUAGAGGUGUCAGGCUCCUGUGUCAACCAUUCUGUGACAGAUGAUCCUCCCAAAAUGCACUGCAGUGCUGAAGGGGAGUGGCUGGUUCCCAUCGGGAAAUGCAUGUGCAAGGCCGGAUAUGAAGAGAAAAAUGGCACCUGUCAAGUGUGCAGACCUGGGUUCUUCAAAGCUUCUCCUCACAGCCAGAGCUGCAGCAAAUGUCCACCUCACAGUUACACCCAUGAGGAAGCUUCCACCUCUUGUGUCUGUGAAAAGGAUUAUUUCAGGAAGGAAACUGAUCCGCCCACAAUGGCAUGCACAAGACCGCCCUCAGCUCCUCGGAAUGCCAUCUCAAAUGUUAAUGAAACUAGUGUCUUUCUGGAGUGGAUUCCGCCUGCUGACACUGGUGGACGGAAAGAUGUGUCAUAUUAUAUUGCAUGCAAGAAGUGCAACUCCCACGCAGGUGUGUGUGAGGAGUGUGGCGGUCAUGUCAGGUACCUCCCCCAGCAGAUCGGCUUGAAAAAUACCUCUGUCAUGAUGGUGGACCUACUUGCUCACACAAACUAUACCUUUGAGAUUGAGGCAGUGAAUGGAGUUUCCGACUUGAGCCCAGGCACCCGGCAGUUUGUGUCUGUAAAUGUAACCACGAAUCAAGCAGCCCCCUCUCCAGUCACCAAUGUGAAAAGGGGAAAGAUUGCAAAGAACAGCAUCUCUUUGUCUUGGCAAGAGCCAGAUCGCCCCAACGGAAUCAUCUUGGAGUAUGAAAUCAAGUACUUUGAAAAGGACCAAGAAUCCAGCUACACAAUCAUCAAGUCUAAAGAGACCGCUAUCACUGCAGAGGGCCUGAAACCUGCGUCUGUGUAUGUCUUCCAAAUUCGAGCACGUACAGCAGCAGGCUACGGUGUCUUCAGUCGAAGAUUUGAGUUUGAAACCACACCAGUGUCAGUAGCAGCAUCCAGUGAUCAAAGCCAGAUUCCCAUCAUCGCAGUGUCAGUGACAGUGGGAGUCCUCUUGCUGGCAGUGAUGAUCGGCUUCCUCCUCAGCGGCAGCUGCUGCGAAUGUGGCUGUGGGAGGGCUUCUUCCCUGUGCGCUGUUGCCCAUCCAAGCCUAAUAUGGCGGUGUGGCUACAGCAAAGCAAAGCAAGACCCAGAAGAGGAAAAGAUGCACUUUCAUAAUGGGCACAUUAAACUGCCAGGAGUAAGAACCUACAUUGACCCGCACACCUACGAAGACCCCAAUCAAGCUGUCCAUGAAUUUGCCAAGGAGAUUGAAGCUUCAUGCAUCACCAUUGAGAGAGUUAUUGGAGCAGGUGAAUUUGGUGAAGUUUGCAGUGGACGUUUGAAACUACCAGGAAAAAGAGAACUACCCGUGGCUAUCAAAACUCUUAAAGUAGGCUACACUGAAAAGCAGCGCAGAGAUUUCCUGGGUGAAGCAAGUAUCAUGGGGCAGUUUGAUCAUCCAAACAUCAUCCAUCUGGAAGGUGUUGUAACUAAAAGCAAACCCGUGAUGAUAGUGACAGAGUAUAUGGAGAAUGGCUCCCUAGACACAUUUCUAAAGAAAAACGAUGGGCAGUUCACUGUGAUUCAGCUUGUUGGCAUGCUGAGAGGCAUCGCUGCAGGGAUGAAGUACCUUUCUGACAUGGGCUACGUGCACAGAGAUCUUGCUGCUAGAAACAUCUUAAUCAACAGUAACCUUGUGUGCAAAGUGUCUGACUUUGGACUUUCUAGGGUACUGGAAGAUGAUCCUGAGGCAGCCUACACCACAAGGGGAGGCAAAAUUCCAAUCAGAUGGACUGCCCCAGAAGCAAUCGCUUUUCGGAAGUUCACCUCUGCCAGUGAUGUCUGGAGCUAUGGCAUUGUAAUGUGGGAAGUUGUGUCUUACGGUGAGAGACCCUACUGGGAGAUGACCAAUCAGGACGUGAUCAAAGCAGUGGAAGAAGGCUACCGUCUGCCAAGCCCCAUGGAUUGCCCUGCUGCUCUUUAUCAAUUAAUGCUGGAUUGCUGGCAGAAAGACAGAAACAGCAGGCCCAAGUUUGAUGAAAUAGUCAACAUGCUGGACAAGCUGAUACGAAACCCAAGUAGUUUGAAGACACUGGUUAAUGCAUCAAGCAGGGUCUCGACUUUGUUGGCAGAACAUGGCUCUCUGGGGUCUGGAGCCUACAGAUCAGUAGGUGAAUGGCUGGAAGCAAUUAAGAUGGGUCGGUACACAGAGAUCUUCAUGGAAAAUGGAUACAGUUCAAUGGACGCUGUGGCUCAGGUGACCUUGGAGGAUUUGAAGCGCCUGGGAGUGACUCUGGUUGGUCACCAGAAGAAGAUCAUGAGCAGCCUUCAAGAGCUGAAGGUGCAGCUGGUCAAUGGAAUGGUGCCAGUGUAACCUCUGCAUGUGUCACUUCCUCCAGGGAACAACUCUGCACUUUGUAAACAGCCCUGAGAAUUAUUUUAACAAACAUAGGGAAAAGGGAAAAGCAUAAUUUCUACGCCUUUGGUGGCAUUUGUCUCAACCAUUGAAUAGAUAAUCAACAUCUUACUAAAACCUCUGCAUCUUCUUCCUAAUGUCUUCAUUUUUCAUGAAGUAAAUGUAAUCUUCAAAGAGCGAAAACAUCCUAUAAUAAAAUAGUAACUAAAACCUCCUCCAUAACUUGUACAGAAUCUUGUACAUGGAAUAUAUCAAGGUACAGCACCUUUAUAGACUGUUAAGGCAGCCCCUUUCAAAACUUCCAGGGAUUUACUUGAAAGGAAAAGUUUUAAAGCCAUGUGUGGGCUAAGAAAAGCUGCAUUUUACUGACGUUUACUUCAAGUCUUAAUUGUCUACAGAAGUGUAUUGAAGAGCAAUAUGAUUAGAGUAUUCCUUAGAUGCAGUUUGUAAUUUAAAAUGCAAUUACAUGUUGUUAAGUUAUAGAAAAUAGUUUAUAAACAUGUUGCUUGGUCAAGAAAAAGUUCAAUGCAGGGUGUAUAUUUAUUUUUCUGUGUUACAUCAUUUACUUUUAGUUGCUCUUCUAGAGAGUGUUAGGUAAUAAAUGUGUAUAUACUGUAGAGUUUUCAAUAUGCCUGGGAAUUGACUUACAUUGGAAGUGUGCGUGUGUUUGUAUGUGUGUGUGUGUGUGAAUAUGUAUAAGAUAUUGUUCUGCUUGCCUCUUUGAUAGCGUUUCAAUUUUCGCAGCAUAUAGAAAGAAUGUUCUAGACUAUAAUAUGAAUAAGAGAAAUAGGAAAUGGUAGACCAAAUUCCAACCCAAGUUGAUAUCUUUUUCUCUCAUUUUGAAAGCAACUAAUUAGGUUUUCAUUUUGUAAACAGCUAAUGCCUCUACAUUAUAUUCCCUUUGGAAUUUAACAAUCACUUUGUACCUGUGACAAAGAAGUUCUACCCUCCUCUGAAAUUCCAACUUUCUAGGUUCCCGAAAAUAUCUUCUCAAGCAAAGUUGACGUGAAGGGUACACCUGUGUGGGAGGUAGAGAUAUUUGACUGUGCUGGCUUCUGUUAACAUUCAAUCCAGGUGGAGCGCACUCAGCAUCCCCCGAGUUCUCAGCCACUGUAAUCAUUCCCAAAGAAAGCAGUGAAAAAUGAUUUUUUUACUAUUCAUUAAUAACUAUUUGUGAACUUUGUAGUUGCAUUUUGUCCUCCAUUCUACAAUGGUGACUAUAAUUGGAAGAACCAAUAUAAACUAUUUAAACAUUAAACUUGUUCAGAAGUAUAAUGUAGUCCUUAAGUAUAUUUUAUAUACUGCAUCAGCAAGGGGAUGAGAUUCAUGAUAAAGUUCGUGAAGUUUAUUGAAAUGAUCAGGAAAGUGAGCAUAACAGACAGGUGGACAAUAUUUUAUGUCAUUACAUGGUAUAAAAUCAGGAGAAUGAUAUAAGAUAUUCGAGGAGCAGAGAACUUAGAUGAGGCCUUUCACUAUUGCACUAGCCAAAGCUUGUGAGUGGAGUGAGAUCUGCAGGGAGAUAUCAGCUUGUCUGUGAGUUCUCUUCUCUCUUUUCAGCCUAUGUUUUAACCUUCGAUAUUAACCUGUGUAAAAAAACACAAUAGUGAAAUUUCUUUCUUUCUUUUUCUUUCUUUCUUUCUUUCUUUCUUUCUUUCUUUCUUUCUUUCUUUCUUUCUUUCUUCUUCCUUUCUGUCUCAUCCCCCUUUAAAGGAUGAAAUAGUUGUUUGCUGAAGAAUAAGGAAAGAUCAAAACUACAACAAAGGGUGUGAAGCAUCUAAAUUUUUUUAUAUAUAUUAAAAAUUGAUGAGUCCCUUUAAAAGAUACUGUGGGCCCACACUCUAUACUCAAUACAUCUCUACUAGUUUAGUGAAAUUUUAAGAAAAUAUUAAGAGAAGUAAUCUUACAUUGUCUUGAUAAAAAUCAUAGAUAAAUAUAACCAUUAUGAGAGAUGCAUUUCUACAUUUAAACCAACAAGCCUAUUUGAAUCUAUGUGAUAAAGUAGAACUGGGAAUGUCAAACCAAACAAACAACAACAAAAAAUGCAGUUUGGAACUUGUACAAGCCAUAACUCUAUGGACGGAAAUAAAAAUACAUUCUAAAUUGUUUCCAAAUUUGUAUGAUCAUAGAUUAUUGGUAGGUGACAUAUGCACAAGUGACUGGCUGUUGGAGUGAUCUCGACUUUAUCUCAAAAGAAUAUAGAUUAAUUUUAAUCAAAUUUAUGUUCCAUUUUCAAUUCAAAUGUCACAUUUGGAAGGUAAUUCAGAAGGAAAGCUUAACAGCCACAUUGCUUUCAUCCAUAUCUCAAUUUGAUUGAGAGUUUCUAAAGAAUAUCAAUAUGAUAUUAGAAGAGAUAGACUUUUAAAUUAUAUGUGCUCUGCCCUCCCCACCAAUGAGAAAAGGUUGCCUUUCUAAAAUAUUUGUUCAGCUUUGGAUAUGUCACCAAUUGAAAAGUGCCAAUCUCAUCUAUAAAUGUGAGAAAUGGAUCAGGGAGAGAAGCCUGCUCUCGUGAAAUGUAGUGAGCCUACCACUCAGCACAGGACUUGCUAAAUCCUGAUGGUGUGAAUUCUUCUCCUGUGUGUUCGUUUCCUUACCCACUGACUCCCAAAAAUAAAUCAUCUUCUAUAGUCUUCACAUAUGCAACUGAUUUGUAAAAUGAUACAUAACUGUAUUGUAACAAGGUACAACAAGGAAUUGUUCCGAACUGACUGGUUCUACUUGAAGUCAUUCAGUUACCAUGGUUAUCAAUCAUAUUGUACACCUAGUCAUGCCAUUCAUUAGCAUGAGCUCUGUAAAAAAAAUUACUCUCUUUGAAAUGUAUUAAUUAUAUGUGUAAUGUAAACAUACUGAUUUUCACCAUUUAAAAUAUUGUGAUGUGUAUGUGUUUUAAUUUCUGUAUUUUAUUACCAAGCCAGUGUUUUAAAGUAAUAGAUUCAUUGUACAAUUUACAUAGAAAUAUUUUAUUGAAACUUAAAUGUGUCUAGUAUUAUUCAUUUUGGAAUUGUCACAAGUAAUGCAAGCUGACCUUAGCUCUGUUUAUAAAACAGUCUUAUCCACUAUGUAAUAAAAGAGAUAACUUCACCUCUCACCUUAAAGAGGAUCUGUCACUAUGAGUUGAGCACUUACGCAUUUGCAUGUCUGCUAGUUGAAUUCUACGUGGAAGUGAAAGGCAGUAAAGAAGAUAUUUGUUCACCCAUUGAAGUGGGUUUUCAGAAGCACAAUAAGAAAUAUUUACCUUUGGAAGGUGUUUUGGCUGUAAUGGUUGGUACAGUAAGUGGCAAAGAAUGCUGGGCGUUAGACUUAGAGGUAUUUGAUGUUGCGUAUAGUAGAAAAUAUCUCUUAUUUUGUUCUUUCUAAAAAUUAGGAGAGAAAAUUAAAAUGUGAUAAUAAAUUGUCUUUGUUUAAAAUUGCCAGAUGUUUAACCUCAAUGUACAUAAGAAGUAGGACAAUGUGAUGGUGAUGAUACUAAGGAAUGAAUGAACAGAAUCAAAUGGUAGCUUUGUUUGAAAUUUUAUAGUUGAAUAAGUCAUGAUUUUUUUUUCAGUGCUGUAGCACAGCUGGUUACAUUGAAUAUUUUUUUCUCCAUUAUGCAGUUAAUUACAUAGUAAUGUAUCAGGAAAAAUAGAUAAAACUUUCUACUCAUUUCUUGUUAAUUUAUGAGUCUUUUCACACAUCAAUGAUUGAAUGUUCUUAUUCAGAAUGACCACGUAAUUGUCGCAUAGAAGAAGCUGCUAUUUCUUUUUAAAAUGUCUAUUUAUAAUAACUGGAUUCAAAUUCUUUUUUUCAAUGUGAAUGGAAAAAAAUGGAGUUGGCAAAAAUAUGUCCUAUCUUUGAAAGUUGGGUGCUAUAUUCAUUAAAGUUUGAGUGGUCAACUAUUUGUGAAUAUUUAGACUACUGUAGUUUUGCAAUUGAUUAUUUAAAAGAAUGUAUAUGUAUACUGAAUCUGUAAUUGUCUGAAACUAAAGUCAGACUCUGUCCUUUGUUAAUAUGUUUAUCAAAUCCAUUCAGGUUCAGGCAGGACUGAGACAUUUGUGCAGCCAAACUGAUUCUUUGAUAGGCAUCAGGAUAUCUUGUAGCCCUGCCUGAGAGUGAAUUCAAGGAAGAAUGAACAUCUCUUUAUAUUGGCUCCCAUCUGCAUAUCUGCGUGUUUGCAGUUUGUGUACAUGCUUUUGUAGUGUAAGAUAUUACAUUUUAUAUUUUUUUAGAAAAUAAAAAAACUUUUGAAUAUAGUAAAAUCAAA